CGAGAGGCCUCGAGGAGCCUCAGAGGCAGGAGGGACCUGCGUCCCCGGCGCCCUCCCCGGGGCCGGGGCAGCUCGGCCACGAUCGAGGCGGCUGGCUCCCGAGAGGACGCUCCCCACGUCCCCGGCUGGGGGCCCCGCGUAGACCUGGAGUGGACGCCCCCUCCUUCCCUUCAUGCUUCGUCGGUAGCGCAGUGGCGAUGGAUGAUGAGGAUGGGAGAUGCUUACUGGACGUGAUUUGUGACCCUCAGGCCCUCAACGACUUCCUACAUGGAUCCGAGAAGCUCGACAGUGAUGACCUCCUGGAUAACCCUGGGGAGGCCCAAAGUGCCUUCUAUGAAGGUCCUGGGCUCCAUGUGCAAGAAGCCUCUGGCAACCACUUGAACCCUGAGCCCAGCCAGCCGGCCCCCAGCGUGGACCUAGACUUCCUGGAAGAUGACAUUCUGGGCUCGCCAGCAGCGGGGGGCGGUGGUGGGGCCGGCGGGGGCGCCGACCAGCCCUGCGACAUCCUCCAGCAGAGCCUCCAGGAAGCCAAUAUCACCGAGCAGACGCUCGAGGCUGAGGCCGAGCUGGACCUGGGCCCCUUUCAGCUGCCCACCCUGCAGCCCGCGGAUGGCGGAGCGGGCCCACCAGGGGCCGGAGGGGCUGCCACCGUGGCCGCGGGGCCCCAGGCCCUCUUCCCUGGUGGCCCUGACCUGCUGGGGCUGCAGGCCCCACCCACCGUGCUCACCCACCAGGCCCUGGUGCCGCCCCCCGACGUGGUCAACAAAGCCCUGAGCGUCCAGCCUUUCCUGCAGCCGGUGGGCUUGGGCAACGUGACCCUGCAGCCCAUCCCCGGCCUCCAGGGAUUGCCCAACGGCAGCCCCGGGGGCGCCACGGCCGCCACCCUGGGCCUGGCCCCCAUCCAGGUGGUGGGCCAGCCAGUCAUGGCGCUCAACCCGCCCACCUCCCAGCUCCUGGCCAAGCAGGUACCAGUCAGUGGCUAUCUGGCUUCUGCGGCCGGCCCCUCGGAGCCAGUGACCCUGGCAUCGGCUGGUGUCCCACCCCAGGGGGCCGGCCUGGUCAUCCAGAAGAACCUGCCGGCCGCUGUGGCCACCACGCUCAAUGGGAACUCGGUGUUCGGAGGCGCGGGAGCGGCCACCGCAGCAGCCAGCGGGGCGCCCUCAGGACAGCCGCUGGCGGUGGCCCCCGGCCUUGGCGCGUCACCACUGGUCCCUGCGCCCAACGUGAUCCUGCAUCGCACGCCCACGCCCAUCCAGCCCAAGCCGGCGGGCGUGCUGCCCCCAAAGCUCUACCAGCUGACCCCCAAGCCGUUCGCCCCCGCGGGCGCCACGCUCACCAUCCAGGGCGAGGCGGGGGGCCUCCCGCAGCAGCCCAAGCCCCCCCAGAACCUGACUUUCAUGACAGCGGGCAAGGCUGGCCAGAAUGUGGUGCUGUCCGGCUUCCCCGCGCCCGCCCUGCCGGCCAACGUCUUCAAGCAGCCUCCGGCCACCACCACCGGGGCGGCCCCACCCCAGCCGCCCGGGACCCUCAGCAAGCCCAUGAGCGUCCACCUCCUGAACCAGGGCAGCAGCAUCGUCAUCCCCGCGCAGCACAUGCUCCCGGGCCAGAACCAGUUCCUGCUGCCCGGCGCAUCCGCGGUCCAGCUCCCUCAGCCGCUCUCCGCCCUGCCGGCCAACGUCGGGGGGCAGAUCCUGGCGGCUGCGGCCCCCCAUGCGGGCGGACAGCUCAUUGCCAACCCCAUCCUCACCAACCAGAACCUGGCGGGCCCGCUGAGUCUGGGCCCCGUGCUGGCGCCGCACUCGGGGGCGCACAGCGCGGCGCACAUCCUCUCGGCCGCCCCCAUCCAGGUGGGCCAGCCCGCGCUCUUCCAGAUGCCCGUGUCGCUGGCCGCAGGCAGCCUGCCCACGCAGAGCCAGCCUGCGCCCGCCGGCCCCGCGGCCACCACCGUCCUCCAGGGGGUCACGCUGCCCCCCAACGCCGUGACCAUGCUCAAUGCCCCCGACGGUCUGGUGCAGGCGGCCACCCCUGCCGCCGCCUCCGGGGAGGCCACGCCGGUGCUCGCGGUGCAGACGGCCCCCCAGGGGCCCCCGGCCGUCAGCACGCCACUGUCUCUGGGCCUCCAGCAGCCGCAGGCGCAGCAGCCGCCCGCGCAGGCCCCCACCCCUCAGGCUGCCGCCCCGCCUCAGGCCACCACCCCCCAGCCCAGCCCGGGCCUGGCGUCCAGCCCAGAGAAGAUCGUCCUGGGGCAGCCUCCCUCCGCCGCCACCACGGCCAUCCUCACUCAGGACUCCCUGCAGAUGUUCCUGCCCCAGGAGAGGAGCCAGCAGCCCCUCCCCACAGAGGGCCCCCACCUCUCCGUGCCCGCCUCCGUCAUAGUCAGCGCCCCGCCUCCCGCCCAAGACCCAGCCCUGACGGCCCCUGUCGCCAAAGGAGCUGGCCUCGGCCCUCAGGCCCCCGACAGCCAGGCUUCCCCGGCGCCGGCCCCCCAGAUCCCGGCAGCAGCUCCGCUGAAGGGCCCCGGCCCCUCCUCGUCCCCGUCACUACCUCACCAGGCCCCUCUGGGGGACAGCCCCCACCUGCCCUCCCCACACCCCACCCGGCCCCCCUCCCGCCCCCCCUCCCGCCCCCAUUCCCGCCCCCCCUCACAGCCCCAGAGCUUGUCUCGUCCACCCUCAGAGCCUGCCCUACACCCUUGCCCCCCGCCCCAGGCCCCCCCAACUCUGCCUGGCAUCUUUGUCAUCCAGAACCAGCUGGGCAUCCCCCCACCUGCCAGCACCCCAGCCCCCACCGCCCCAGGCCCACCCCAGCCCCCUCUGCGUCCCCCGUCCCAGCCCCCGGAAGGGCCGCUGCCCCCAGCCCCCCACCUCCCUCCAGCCUCCACCUCCUCCGUGGUGGCCUCCUCCGAGACGUCCACCAGGCUGCCAGCCCCCACACCGCCCGACUUCCAGCUCCAGUUCCCACCCGGCCAGGGGCCCCACAAGUCCCCCACGCCCCCUCCAACCCUCCACCUGGUCCCCGAGCCCACAGCGCCCCCCCCACCGCCUCCUCGGACCUUCCAGAUGGUGACCACCCCCUUCCCGGCGCUGCCCCAGCCGAAGGCUCUGCUCGAGAGAUUUCACCAGGUGCCGUCCGGGAUCAUUCUCCAGAACAAGGCCGGGGGGGGCCCCGCUGCCCCGCAGACCUCCGCCAGCCUGGGGCCCCUCGCCAACCCCACGGCCUCUGUGCUGGUCAGCGGGCAGGCCCCAUCGGGGACCCCCACCGCCCCCAGCCAUCCCCCUGCCCCGGCACCCAUGGCCACCACAGGCGUCUCUCCUCUGCUUCCCGCCGAGAGCAAAGCCUUUGCCAACAGCCUCCCGACCCUGAGUGUGGCCAAGGCCGCGUCAUCCGGGCCGGGGAAGUCCUCCGGGCUGCAGUAUGACAGCAAGCUGAGCGGCCUGAAGAAGCCACCCCCGCUGCAGCCCAGCAAAGAGGCCUGUUUCUUGGAGCAUUUGCACAAACAUCAGGGCUCCGUCCUGCACCCUGACUACAAGACAGCCUUCCCCUCCUUCGAGGACGCCCUGCAUCGCCUCCUGCCCUACCACGUCUACCAGGGUGCCCUCCCCUCCCCCAACGACUACCACAAAGUGGACGAGGAGUUUGAGACAGUCUCCACGCAGCUGUUGAAACGCACCCAGGCCAUGCUGAAUAAAUACCGCCUCCUGCUCCUGGAGGAGUCCAGGAGGGUCAGCCCCUCCGCGGAGAUGGUCAUGAUCGACCGAAUGUUCAUUCAGGAGGAGAAGACCACCCUUGCCUUGGACAAACAGCUGGCCAAGGAGAAGCCGGACGAGUACGUGUCUUCCUCGCGCUCCCUCGGCCUCCCCAUCGCCGCCUCUUCCGACGUCGGACACCGGCUCCCGGGCCACGGCCCCCCACCGUCCUCAGCAUCCGGGGCCCCGGCCCCGCCCCCUCUGCACCUGCCCACCAAGCUGGUGAUCCGGCACGGCGGCGCGGGCGGCUCCCCUUCGGUGACCUGGGCCCGCGCGUCCUCGUCCUCCCUGUCGUCCUCGUCGUCCUCGUCCUCCGCCGCCUCCUCCCUGGACGCUGACGAGGACGGCCCGAUGCCCUCCCGCAAUCGGCCGCCCAUCAAGACCUACGAGGCCCGCAGCCGCAUCGGCCUCAAGCUCAAGAUCAAGCAGGAGGCCGGGCUCAGCAAGGUCGUGCACAACACGGCCCUGGACCCCGUGCACCAGCCGCCGCCGCCCGCCGCCCUCAAGGCGCCCGAGCCCCCGCCCCGGCCCCCGCCGCCGCCGCCACCACGCCGCCGCCGCCGCCCCGCGCCCGGCCAGAUGAACGGCACGGUGGACCACCCGCCGCCGCCCCCGCACCGCAAGCCUCCAGCCCCGGCCCCCCACUGCCCCCGCCUCCCGCUGCGCAAGACGUAUCGCGAGAACGUGGAGGCGCUGGGUGGCGGCGGGGGGGGCCCCGACGGGGCGGGCGGUGGUCGCGCCCGGGCAGGCAGCCCCGCGCCCAUGCCCACCAAGGUGGACGAGGCCACCAGCGGGCUCAUCCGCGAGCUGGCGGCGGUGGAGGACGAGCUGUACCAGCGCAUGAUGAAGGGCGGCCCCCCGGAGCCCGCGGCCGGCGCCGGGCAGGGCAGUGGCAGCCGCGAGCCGGGCUGGGACGCGCCCCCGCUGCCCCCCGCCAAGCGGCGCAAGUCCGAGUCCCCCGACGUGGACCAGGCCAGCUUCUCCAGCGACAGCCCGCAGGACGACACGCUCACCGAGCACCUCCAGAGCGCCAUCGACAGCAUCCUCAACCUGCAGCAGGCCCCCGGCCGGACGACCGCGCCCCCGUACCCCCAUGUCGCCCCCGCGGCCGGCACGCCCGCCUCCCCGGCCCCCCUGCACAGGCCGGAGACCUACCCGCCCUCCAGUCACAACGGCGGCCUGGGCGCCAGGACGUUGAACAGAUAACACCGGGCCGGUCCUCCCUCCCCUGUCCCCUCGCGCUGCGGACGCCGGGGUGGGGGGCAGCGGGGCCUCCGACCUCAGCCUCCUGGGGGACGCAAGCCGGGGAUCCCCUGAGUUUUUCUUGCCUAAGUUAUUUGAGUCACAAAGGCCUCCUGCCCCGCCUCCUGCUUCAGCCUGGUUGUUGGGUGGGGGUCGUGGGUUUAGGGGAGGGGGCUGUCAUGGAAAACGCCCCCCUGCCAAAGGAGGGGGUCAUCCUGGUGUGUCCUUUCCUGUUGCUUCCUACUUCUUGCUGCACCGCCCCCUGCGUCCCGGGGACACGUGCGUGUGUGUGUGUGUGUGUGUGUUUGCCAGGGAUGGGGGGGGCCCUGGUCGCUCCCACCACUCCCGCGUGUCGGGGGACCGGGCUUGUGUGUGUGUGUGUGUGGCUUUGCGGAUCCGGGGGGUCAGGGGCGCUCAGAGCUGGGAGGGUCCCCGGGAAGCCGCGCUAGGCCUCUCCCCCGCCGCCCCCUAUAGGUUGUCUGCAGAAGUGCAAGGGGUGGGCGGCGCGAGCCAGCGUCCCAGGACCCCCGCCUCGGCGCAGGCCCGAGGGCACCUGUCACGUCCGUGUGUGUGCGUCCGGCACCGCGUCCUGUGUCCCUGUGUGUGUGCUCGAGUGAGCAAGAGAGCGAGAAAGAGAGAGAUUUGGCACCCUCCUGUCCCGCGGCCGAAAUGCGAGCACCUCCCAAACGGGAAACCGGGGUCUUCCUCCCCCCGCGCCCCCUCCCCCAGCCAGUCUUCCCUCUGUUCUUCCUGCCGCCAGCCGCCCGCGCCAGAUUUUGAAAUCUCGGAGACAAAACUAGUACUGUAAGAUAAAUUUUUUUGUACUGUAUUUAUUGUGUAUAACGAUUUUUUUAAAGGAGAAUUCUGUACAUUUAGAACUCUUGUAAAUUAAAAACCGAUCCUUUUUUUAAAACUGUA